AUGUUGGAAAUCGGGGUUGGGAUUGGUGGAGUGGCGAAAUUUCCCGAUGCGGCACGGGUUGGUGUUGGGGGACCCCUCCUGUUGGAUCUCACUGCUGAGUUUCCCCCCGGCAGCUGCCGUCUGAAGUGGUUGAAUUAUUAUCGUUGCUCAUCUCAGUUAAAGCCCUCCGUCCCGCCUGCUGGUACACGUUCUCCGGACCGCCUCCUCGAGCCCUCCCGCCACGCCCAGCUGCUCGCCCUCCCCGGCCUGCAGCUCUACCUCCGCCGCGUCGGCCGCCCGUUGGGCGAGCGCUAUCAUCCCUCUGCUCCGAUGGAUCUCCUGGCUGCUCCUGAGCGCGGGUGUUCCGCGGUGAGCGAUCUCGCUCCCCGUCCGCUUCCUCCUGCACGUCCUGCCGCGAGCGUCCCUGUCGCUCCGAUGGCUGCCGCCGAUCAGAUUCGUCGCCGUUUCGAAGAUCAGCGGCCCGCGCCGGCGCCUGCGCGUGCGGAGUCCGUCGUGCGCUCCGACGCAGAGGCUGCGGCGCGCCGGGAACGUUCGCCUCGUCGCCGAUCGACAGUGGCGCGCGGUGACGGGCAGGAGAGCCACCGUGCGGAGCGUCACGCCGAGCCUCGGUCGCCUCGGAAGCCGCGAUCACCGCACUCACCACGUUCACCGCGCCGCGCGGCAUCGAGGAGCCGAUCUCCGGACCGCCGGUCGCGUCGUCACCGUUCGCCCGGUCGCCAAGCCACACACUAUCGAUCGCCUGCUCCGCACGUGUCUCGCCCGCGGUCCCCAUCUGCGCGUUCGCCGCGGACGUCAAAGCGCCAGCGGCUCUACUCUCCUCGUCACGGGGGCCGAUCCCCUGUUCGCCACCGCCAACGCGUCCCAUCUCGCCAGCAGUCGCCCGCUCACUCGAAUGCAAGUGGACGUGGGCGUCGUGGGCAGCGGGGAGGGUAUGGACGCGGCGGAACUGCGCGUCAAGCGCCGUCCGAGCUUGAGCGCGUUCUCCGAAGGUUGGACGGCGUGGAGAAAGCGCUCCACCGCUCGAACGCGGAGGCGUCAUCCCAUUCCGUGCUGCCGGCUGGCCCCGUCGUUCCUCUUGCUGCCCUCCUGCCGCACAACCCUGAGGGCUCCCUUGCGCGUCCUGGUCGUCCGCUGCCAGCAGGGGCUGGCUUCGUGGGCGCAGGUGGUGGGGAUCCCUGGGCCGCGUAUGCACCCCUGCGUCCUCGCUCCCCUCCACGUGAUCUCGCUGUGUCGUCCCGCCGAACGCGCGCCGCUGCUGUCCUUCCGCGGUUGAAGGAAGUGCCCACGGUGACCCUGGCGCGCUUGUGGUCGCUGGCGGAGAGCCUGCAGAGCCUUGAGCUGAUACUCCUGGAGUCCCAUGGCUCCAUGGCGGUGACCCCACCGAGCACAUUCUCUCAGAUGCCACGAGCACGGUGUCAUGCGGCGGCGUCAGCGCUAUUCUCGUACGUAUCGCCACUGCAAGUUGCGCCCUCGCCGGGAGUAGUCUCGGCCACCCAGCUGGCCGAGAAGGCCCUGGAUCUGAAGACGCUUGUUGGAUCUCGCGGAACUCCUGUUGACGUUGUCGGCGCCACCGCGUCAGUGGUCCGCCUGAUGUGGUUGACCAAGCGCGAAACGCUUGCCUUUCCACAUUUCUCGUGUAGCCGCUUGCACCAGAGCGGUGCCUGUUCGAACCCCGUGUUCCACCACCUCUUCGUCCUCUCUCGUUACCUCGUCGUCCGCGGCGGCUGCCGCGUCCUACGCGGAUUCCCCGCGGUGCUCUUCCAACAGCAGCUCCCUCGCGCCCUGUAUGCGGCGCCGCGGCCGUCUCGUUUUCGCUUCGUCGGCGCGCUGGCGUCGGCUGCGGUACGAUCGGGGGUGGUGGACCCAUCCGCGAGACGGGAUCCGGAGCUGGAGGUUUCCGCGAAGAGCGCGCUGCCGCAGCCUGUGCCUGCCGAGCCUCGUCCACGUCUCCUUGCGCACCCCUCCGCAAGCGAGCCCGUUCACCGCUUCGAGCGGGUGCAAACACUUCCCCAUCGGCCAGCCGUGCGCCCCACCUUGCCGGAGUAUUUGUGGGCGCCUGCUCGUGUUGCGUCGAACCGCCCGGACGGUCAGCCGCGGCAUGAGCGCGGGUGCUCGCCUCCGCGUCAGCCUCCUCGGCCGCCCUCUCCUCGCCGCCCUUCUCCUGAGCAUCGCGAGCACUAUCAGCGCGGGGAGGGGGGUCCGCGUUCCCCUGGACGUCCUCGCUCUCCUCGCCGCCCAUCCCCUCGUGGUCAAGCGGGCCAGCGCUCACCACGAGCGCGAUCCCCCGCGCAACGCUCUCCGCGGCGAUCUCCGGCGACGCGGGGGAGGGGGUCGCCUGGGCGUCGCUGGGAUUCGGGUCGCCGCGAGCAGUCCCCCCCGCGUCCACAUUCGGCUGGUUCCGGGGGACGGCGGGGCUGGCGGAAAGGCGGAGGGCGAGGCGGAAAUGGCAACCAGCCUGAUCCAGCCCUCGAUCACGCUGCGGACACGUUCGUGGAGGUGGUGAGGCAGGCCCGGGCGAGAGGGGCGCCGACUCACGUCCACCUUGAGGUGACCAAUGGUCCCCCCUUCGCCGCGGACCCCGGCCAGGUUGCUCCUCUGCGUGCGCCGACGCUGCGCGAAUAUCAGCCCGCGCGUAAGGGAAGGGCUCAAUUCCGCACCCCCCGUCAGGUUCCCGGCUUCUCUGCGCCGCGCUUAUCUGUUGGCCGGACUCUUGGCUGGCCGGCGGUGUUUCCACGCGAAGCGCUGACUGCACCUCCCCCCACUCGCGCGGGGAGAGACCCCAUGCUGACCAUGUGCCGGGUUUUGGAUCUGGCGGAGGCGUGCGAGGUGGUGGCGAACUUGCAGCUGGCGGUGUGUGGGGCCACGAGGAGCUUUCGGAGCAGUUUUGGUCAAGGGUGCCGAGGAUCCUGCGUGACUUUGGCAGAAUCACUCGAGUCGCCAUUGGCACCUGUGUCGGAUGCGCCCGCCGGGGUAGCUCCCUUAGCCCGUACUUUCCCCCGCCACGUGGGGGAUCUUGUAGGGGCUGCUCAAGCCAGGACCCCCUUGGACACGCUCCAGUCGUCGGCGCAUCUCCUUCUUGCAGUGUCGGCGUGCAUGCGCUCGAUGCUUGAGGUGAAGGGGGCGGAGCCGUACACGAUGUAG